AUGGCUGCCAUCAAGGCUCUGGAGCAGUGGUGUAAGGUUCAGUGUGAGGGCUACAGAGAUGUGGCCAUCUCCAACAUGACGACCUCCUUCAGGAAUGGACUGGCUUUCUGCGCGCUCAUCCACAAACACCGGCCGGAUCUCAUAGACUAUGACUCACUCAGAAAGGAGGAUGUGUUUGAGAACAACAGACUGGCCUUUCAGAUCGCAGAGGAGACGUUGGGCAUUCCAGCGUUGUUGGAUGCAGAAGACAUGGUGGCUUUAAGGAUCCCCGACAGGCUGAGCAUUCUGACCUAUGUGUCCCAGUACCACAACUACUUCAAGGGACGGCCUCCAGUGGGAGGCAUGAAAAGGCCAGCAGAGGGCUCCAAGGAGGAGCCAUCGGAGAAGAAAAACCACCCAGUGGUUGCCAAAAUCUUUGAGAGGGGUUCUCCUUCCGUUCGCUCGCCUAACGCUGCAGAGGUCAGUGCUCAUAAGGUGCCUUUGACUGACACUGCCAACAAAAGUGGGACUCUGAGCAGCAAAUGUGUUGCGUGUCAGAGCCACGUCCACCUGGUUCAGCGGCACUUUGUGGAAGGGAAGCUUUAUCACAGAAGCUGUUUCAAGUGCAACGAGUGUUCGAGCACGCUUCACGCAGGAAGCUACAAACCAGGGAAGAACGUGGACACGUUUGUCUGCAACACCCACCACAACGGCUCCAAAACCUCCUCCUUGGAGUCAGAUGUGAAAAAUGGAGUUUCUCAUUCAGCUGUGCAGCCAAGACCUCAGGAACCGCAGGCGCAACGGUUCUCCUCAGUGCUGUCCGCCCCAGUUAAUGCAGUUCUGAAGCCGUCGAGUCCCAAUCCACAGUCCCAGUCCUGGACGACCUCGGCUCAGAAGACGCAGGCGGCCCGGCAGAAGUUUUUCCAGGCUGCGCCACAAGUUACCGAAGCUUCAGCGGGAAUCAGAAAACCUGUUGAACAAGUAAAAAUUCAAAAGGCCCAUUUGGGUUCUGAUAAGAACUCUGCCAGACUGAUGACUGGGAGGAAACUGGCAGAGGAAAACUGCAACAAUAACAACGGACACCAGUUCACCAUCCGACCCGCGGCGAGGCGGUUUGUCGCUGACGCAGCUUCAGUCGACGUAAGUUUGAGGAAGGACAAAAGCAGCCAAGACCCCACAGGAAGCUGUGAGGGUCCAAACAGGAAGUCACCUCGGCCUAUCGGCAAGGACACCAGGCCAACAACUGAACACAAACCUGCCAAAGCUGCUAAAAAGGGAAAGUAUUUGUCUCCCAACACCUUCAGGCCUGAAAGGAGGUCCUCAGUGAAGUCUCAUGGUGUCCAGGUGGAGCAGAUCGAGGAGGAGCUGGAGGAUAUUGAGCUGAAACUUGGUCAACUGGAGAGGGAGGGGGUCGAGCUGGAAAAGAAACUGCGCAGCUGUGAGGACAAGCAGGACGGGGAUUUAUUGAUGGACCCUCUGAUGGUCGACUGGUUUAACCUCAUCAGAAAAAAGCAGAUGUACGUGAGGAAGGAGUCGGAGCUUGUUUACAUAGCCCGGACUCAGGAGCUGGAGCGCCAGCAGCCGGGGGUGGAGGGAGAACUGCGCAGGCUGCUGGAGAAACCAGAUCAUUUAAAAUGCGGAGAAGAGCGGCAGCAGGAGAAGAAGCUGAUGCAGCGACUGAUGGAGAUCGUGAACGGCAGAAAUGUGAUUGUGGAGGUUCUCGACGAGGACAGGCGGCGGGAAGUAGAAGAGGACCAGCAGUUAAAUAAAAUGAUGCAAGACCUUGGAGUGAAGAAAACUAAAACCAAACGGAAAUCUUCCAUUUCAAAGAUGUUCAGGAGAAGUAAAAGAAAAAUCAAAUGA